AAAAUGAAUUUUCUGUUGUUCGACAACAUGAAGAGUUCAUCUGGCUUCAUGAUUCCUUUGUUGAAAAUGAAGAUUAUGCAGGUUACAUUGGCUUUAACUUUGACUAAGAAGGUGAGGAAUUCAAAAGUACUCCCUGAUUGACUCAUUUGACAGAUCCCACCGGCACCACCCAGGCCUGAUUUUGAUGCCUCUAGAGAAAAACUACAGAAACUUGGAGAAGGGGAAGGAUCGAUGACUAAAGAAGAGUUCACCAAGAUGAAACAAGAACUGGAAGCUGAAUAUUUGGCAAUAUUCAAGAAGACGGUUGCAAUGCAUGAAGUGUUCUUGUGCCGUGUGGCAGCACAUCCAAUUUUGAGAAAGGAUUUAAAUUUCCACGUCUUCUUGGAAUAUAAUCAGGAUUUGAGUGUUCGUGGAAAAAAUAAGAAAGAGAAACUUGAAGACUUCUUUAAAAACAUGGUUAAAUCAGCAGAUGGUGUCAUUGUGUCAGGAGUAAAGGAUGUAGAUGACUUCUUUGAGCAUGAAAGGACAUUCCUUGUAGAAUACCACAACCGAGUCAAAGAUGCUUCUGCCAAAUCGGACAAAAUGACGAGAUCGCACAAAAAUGUUGCGGAUGAUUAUAAUAGAAUUGGUUCUUCAUUAUACACGUUAGGAACGCUAGACUCCACAGAUAUAUGCAAAUUUUUUCUGAAGGUAUCCGAGUUAUUUGACAAAACAAGGGAUCCAAGCUUUUCUCUGGAGUCAAGAUCACUUCUUGGGGAAAAAAUAGAGGCCCGGGUUUCUGCUGAUGAAGAUCUUAAACUUUCUGAUCUUCUGAAAUACUACUUAAGGGAAUCUCAAGCUGCUAAGGAUCUCCUAUAUAGAAGAUCUAGGUCCUUAGUAGACUAUGAAAAUGCUAACAAGGCAUUGGAUAAAGCAAGAGCAAAGAACAAAGAUGUGUUGCAAGCUGAAACCACUCAGCAACUCUGUUGUCAGAAAUUUGAAAAAAUAUCUGAAUCGGCAAAGCAAGAACUUAUAGACUUUAAAACAAGAAGAGUUGCAGCAUUCAGGAAAAAUCUGGUGGAACUGGCAGAACUGGAACUGAAGCAUGCUAAGGGCAACUUACAGCUGUUGCAGAGCUGCUUGGCAGUGUUAAAUGGAGAUACAUAAAUAAUUAUCCAUCCCUCCUCUAACAAGGGCUGCCCUCCUGGAUUUUGUUUUCAUGACUUCAGAUAGCUAUUUACAGCUCACUGGAGAAAUCAGUUGACCAAGUGCACAUAAACAAGCUCCUCUUCUUUUAAAAACAAACAAACAAACAAAAACCAAGUAAAGCAAAACAACUGAAGCCACCUGAAAGCAGUUCCAGACUAUAUGAAGCAACAGCAUACUUAUUAUACGCGCAUAUUCGCACAUAUGUUUAUUUAAUCAUUGUAUGCUUUCAUUGUUCAAAAACCAAAUGUUCUGUUUUUUGUGAAAGUAGCCAAUAUAAUUAUGUUCAUGUUAUGAAUAGUAUUAUGGUAUGGCUGCCAAUCUUAUUUACCAUUGUAAGUAACUUCUAAAGUUGUCCAUUUGAAUUACACUGCUCAGAUGGAUUAAAUAUUGCCAUUAGAUAUUUGAAUAUUCUUACUAUAAAACAUUGUAUACAUUGUCUUAGUUUUUCCAUGUACUGAUAUCAAGUCUCUUACAACUUGAUUUUUUUUUUUUCAAUUAACCAUUUCCUAGAGAUUUUGGAGGAAACUUUAUGUAAUCUUUAUAACUAUGAUCUAAAAAGAAAAGCAAAUGCAUUAGUAUGUUUGCCUUAACUUGUAGACUAAUCCCAAUUAUUGUAAAAUAAACUGUGAAAUCCAUGAUUUUUCUAA